CCGCGUCAAGAAUCAAGAUACAACCUUACUGUGUGAGGGCAAACCGGAAGUGAUGUUAGAUUGCUGGCGGUUAGCUCAACUCGUCAAUUGUUACUUGAUUAUUUGUACUGGCUCUCUGAGGUCAAGAAAGCAACGUUUUCCAAGUUCACAAAUUGUCUACGAUAUCAGCGUGACUGGACGCGGACGUUAACACACCUGAUCACUGUAGUUGUCACGACAUUGACUUGCAAGGUUUGAUGGAAGACAGAGUUAUUGUUUUAAAACUUGGAAGUCAAGACUCGGCUAGAUUUAUUUAACACUUUAUACAACUAUAAAAUUUAAACUACAGGCCUACACAUAUCGGAUACAAAGAAGUGAAUAAUGGACAUGGAAACUAAUGAUGGUAACACUUUUCAUCAAUGUGUUGUUUGUGAUGAGAUUUUUCAACAACUUGAUGAUUUAGAAACACACAAUAAAGUGCAUGUUAAAGAAGAGAAAAUUGAUGAUGAAGAUGGAUAUUGUCAUGUUCAGUUUGAGGAAAAUAAAAUUGAUGUAGAUGAAUAUUGCCACAAUAAAAUACAUGUUAUAGAAGAGAAAACUGAUAAUGUAGAUAAAUAUUAUCAUGUUAAAAAGGAGAAAACUGACGAUGGAGAUGACUUUUGUGUUAAAGAAGAGAAAACUGACGAUAUUGAAACUGUUUUUCAGUGUAAAUUAUGUGAUGAAGAAUUUAACUCCAAUACAGAUUUAGAGAAACAUUGUAAAAUACAUGUUAAAGAAGAGUUGAACACUGAUAAUGAUAGUGAUAUAGACCUACAAUCAGCUUACUCUCAUGCUUUAGCUAACCGUUAUAAAUGUGAUAUUUGUUUCAAAUUGUUUAGUCAUAGGAGUAAUCUACAGAGACACAUAAAGGGUCAUGCAGUAGAUCAGUUACUGUCCCCCAUUGGUUUGGGCGAACAUUACGAUCUCGGUUCAGUUAAGAAACUUCCCUUAGCAAGAAUCACAAAUAGACUAGUUCAAGGCAUUGUUGCUAAAUUUCCGAACAAUGGGGAGCACCUGUCUAUAAUUAGGGCCUUACAUGACGACUGCAUAACGUUUACUGACAAUGACACUCGAAGUAGGCUGACCCGACUGAAGACUAAGGCUAGGAAGCUGGGUAAGCAUAUAAAGACUUCCAAUAAAUCUUUUAAAUUUUAUGACGAUUACCUUGACAGCCCCUUUUUCCCCGUGACAGUACACGAGACAUCAUCGGCAGAUACCAACACGACAAAUUCAGUUAAUAAAGAGACACAGACAUCUGUCGAUGAGACUUUGACCAAUCUAAAUAAGAAAAAUAAAUAUUUAUUAAGUAAGAUCAAUAGGGAUAAAGUAACAAUUUUCCGUUUAAAAAAUCAACUCAGGAAGACAACUAAACCAUUGAUUCGUGCGAAAGCUAAAAAUAAGAAAGCUUUGGCAAUUAAAAAGAUAGUUUAAGUUGCAACCUUGUGGGGAAGAAGUAAUUUACGUAAUAUUGUGUUCUUGAGAUACCAAUAACUUUGUUUUUAACCAAAUUUUCAUGUGGGCGUAUAUUGUCGGUGGCCACGUCCGUCCACAGGUCACAAUUUUUAUCCGGUUUAGACGACACUUGAAAUAUAGGUUUAUCUUAAUUAACUUUAUGGAUUUAUGGUACCUGGUUGUACGAAAAAUUAAGUUUUUUAGCUUGGGGACCCUUUAGAGGUAACAUUUUUAUAUCUGAUUUUAAAAACGGUUCAAAUACAUGUGUAUCACUGUUAUAUCUUAAUGAUGGUGGUAGAGUUCAAAUUUCGUCAAAAUUGGAUCGAAACUGACAAAAAGACCACUCUGUGUACUUGAAUAGUGUGAAAGUAUGUAAUACCAAGAUUGUAGACCCUCGAGAGGUCACAAUUUUAA